AUGUUGGUGCGUCAAGUCUGUAUCGCUUUGGCGAUUGCGGCUCUUUCUGAAGCUGUUCCGGCUCCUGUGAAACAUGUUCUGCAUGAAAAGCGUGGUGAACAUGUUGACUGGGUGAAGGGUCAGCGGAUUAAACGAGAUUCGGUCUUGCCUGUGCGCAUUGGUCUUGCUCAGAACAAUUUGGAGAAGGGUGAUGAGUAUCUCAUGGCUGUCUCUGAUCCUAGCUCGUCUAAGUAUGGACAGUACUGGUCGGCAGAGGAGGUUCACGAUAUGUUUGCUCCCUCUAAGGAGACUGUCGACUCCGUUCGUCAAUGGCUUGAAUCUUCCGGCAUUGACAAGUCCCGGGUUGUACACUCGGACAACAAGGGAUGGCUCGCAUUUGAUGCCUAUGCGCAUGAAAUGGAGAAGUUGUUUAUGACAGAGUUCUAUGAACAUGAGCAUGCCAGCAGUGACAACUUGAAGAUUGGUUGUGAAGAGUACCAUGUCCCGGAGCAUGUUCAGGCGCACAUUGACUAUAUCACCCCUGGAGUCAAGCUCAGCCCCAUUGUCAAGAAGAGAGACAAGGUGAAGCGCAUGUCGCACUUGCAUCGUUCCAAGGGUGCAAUUGGAAUCGAGGCCUCUAAACAAGCCAAGGCUAUUCCUGCCAAGGCAAAGAAACUUCCUGCUGAUCUUCAGAACUGCGGAUCCGAUAUGACCCCGGCCUGCAUCAAGGCGUUGUACAAGAUUCCAGAUGCUACCAAGGCUCACAAGGAUAACUCGCUUGGUCUUUACGAGCAGGGUGAUUACUUCGCCAAGUCGGAUCUUGAUCUCUAUUACAAGGAUUAUGCCCCUUGGAUUCCACAGGGCACUUAUCCCAUUCCCGCUUUGAUUGAUGGUGCCAACUAUUCGGUGCCUGAUUGGAGCCCGCUGAACACUGGUGAAUCUGAUAUUGAUAUCGACAUGGCUUAUGCACUCAUCUAUCCCCAGACUGUGACACUUUACCAGGUCGAUGACCAGAUUUAUGAACCGGAGGAGGUUGCAACCACCAACCUGUUCAACACCUUCCUUGACGCCCUCGAUGGUUCCUACUGCACAUAUAGCGCCUUCGGCGAAACCGGUGACAAUCCUGAUAUUGACCCAGUCUAUCCCAACCCCAACCCCGAGGGUUACCAAGGCAAACUUCAAUGCGGUGUAUACAAGCCCACAAACGUCAUCAGCGCAUCCUACGGCCAAGCCGAAGCCGACCUCCCCCUCGCCUACACCAAGCGCCAGUGUAACGAAUUCAUGAAGCUCGGCCUGCAGGGCCACUCCAUCCUCUUUGCCUCCGGUGAUUACGGCGUCGCCUCAUUCCCCGGCGACGGCUCCGCCAACGGAUGUCUAGGACCCGACCAAAAGAUCUUCAAUCCCCAAUACCCAUCCAACUGCCCCUACGUGACCUCCGUUGGCGGUACCAUGCUCUACGCAGACCAGACAGUUGAAGAUGCCGAGAGCGUGAUGCACGCUGACUUGGGUGGCAGUGCUGCAAACUUCAGUAGCUCCGGCGGUUUCUCCAACUACUUCUCCCAGCCCUCAUACCAGAGGGCCGCUGUGGAGAAGUACUUCAAAAAGGCUAAGCUGGCAUACCCGUCCUACUCUGAGAUCAAUGCAGACCUCAACACGACAAAGGGUCUCUUUAAUCGUAUUGGCCGUGCUUAUCCUGAUGUGGCCGCCAACGGCGCUAUGUUCCCCGCCUACAACGGCGGAACCCUUCACCACUUCUACGGUGCUAGUUUGUCAUCGCCCCUGUUCGCAUCUGUCCUGAGCUUGAUAAACGAAGAACGUCUUGCCAAGGGCAAGGGCCCUAUUGGUUUCGUGAACCCCGUGCUUUACGCUCACCCCGAAGUCCUCAAUGAUAUCACCAAUGGCACCAGUGCUGGAUGUAACAGCGAUGGCUUCAGUGCCAUUCCUGGAUGGGAUCCUGUUACUGGCUUGGGCACACCCAACUACCCCAAGCUGAAGAAGCUGUUCCUGUCCUUGCCUUAG